UUAUACAUUUCUACAUCCCGAUGCCAUGACAUGAAUUGAACACCCUUCUUUCUUUCUAGUUUCCAUCAAACUAACAAGUAACAACAUCAACAAAUUCCAGAAAACCUAAUUACUUACUUCACUAAUUCUUACAACAUCUCUGUUUCUGUACCUUCCGGCAACUCUUUGCGAAUAAUCGGAGCUCCAUCAAUGGACCAUUCAUGGCGUCCUCACGCAAUUCAAGGUAAUAUCUGCCCUACUUGUUCAAUCUCUCACUUUCCCUUUUGCCCUCCUAACCCUCACCCCUCUGCAUAUGCUCCACCUAAUAUGGAUCCCAUUUCUUACCCAAUUAAUAUGAACCGACCCACUUAUUAUAAUCCAGGCGACCCAUAUUAUGAUCCGGGUCAUUUUCAUAAAAACCCUAGUUUGCCUCAUGUGGGCAAUUUUGGGGCUGGUAGUAGAGGUCCUUAUUCGAUGCAAAACCCGGGUUUUGGGGAUGGUGGGUAUACGGGGAAUGAUUAUAACAAUGUGAGUGAUCGGAGUAGUAAGAGGUUAAGGGUUGAUGGCACCUAUCCUCGGCCGUAUGGGGCCGAGGUCGAUGCUAAUUAUCAUGAUGAUGGUAGAGUAUUGAGGUUGGUUCAUGAUCAUGGAGGGCCGAAUUCGGGUUUUGGUUUUGGUAGGGAUGUAAGAGGGAGUGUUGUAGAAAGUUCGGGUUUUGAUAGGAAUGUUGGUGGUCAGGAUCCCAGGAUGUCAAGUGAUUUUGGAAUGAGACCUUUGAAUGAUAUGGAGAUGAACAAUGCCGCGGGAAGUGGGUAUGGUGUGGAUUAUAAAAAGGAUGAAAUAGAUUACCAUACAGGUUAUGGAUCACAGUAUAGAGUUAAAAGGAGUACGUCCGAUGUAGAGCAAGGUAGCUUGGGAAAUAAAUUUCAAAAUCAGUAUGAGCAAGUGUCAAUACCACCUGAUCCUACAGGUUUAUAUCAGGGAGGAGUUGGACAUGAUUAUGAUAGGCAGUCACAGGGUUAUCAUCACUCAAGCUAUGGAAGUUCUCAUGGUUCAAAUGAGAACUUUUAUGGCAGGAAUAUGGAAUCUUUGCAUUCUAAUGGUGUUUCCAUGCACUAUGAUCAAAGGAGCAAUGUGCCACCAUCAAACCACUACUCCAGUAGCCAUCCGUCGUUACCUUCUGCAAUGCAUCAACCUGGUCAAUUGAGAUGUGAUUACGGUUCUCCACACCUCUUAAGUGAUGUAAGGCAGCCAAUUGAAAUAAGGCCACCCCCAAUUGAAGCUUAUCAGGUUCCAAUUAGUAAUCAGAAUGUUCCUCCCCGAUCACAUUAUGGACUCCCACAUAUGGAUCACCCAGGAGGCUAUGCUAACUCUGUUUCUGAAAACAUGGGUCACUUACAUGCUUCACAAGGUUUUGAUGUGCAGCCUCCGCUUCCAGCUUCCCCACCUCCACGGGCUCCACCUCUUCCUAUGGAGCCGCCAGGUCGCUGGCCAGCAGAGUACAAGCCUUCAUCUUCAUCGCCAAGAGUGUCCUCUUCAUUGUUUCCGGUUCCUGUUGGCUCUACAGCUACAGUGCACUCUUCACAUGCCCUAAUUCCCGAGCCUCACAUACAGCCACAUUCCCCAAUUCCCAAGCCUCACACACGGACAACCCCACAUUUGCUGAAUUCUCAACUUGGACAAAUGGCUCGUGGUGGGUUCCAAGGGGAUCCGCAAGGCACUUUGACAUCAUAUGGACAAUAUGUUGGAGACGGCCAAAAACUUUUAUCAAAGCAGAACAUUCCUGAUAAACCAAAAACUAUUGAUGCUGCCCACUUAUUUAAGCCGCCUCACCGAACAUCACGUUCAGAUCAUUUUGUGAUUAUACUUCGAGGCUUACCAGGAAGCGGAAAGAGCUACUUAGCAAAGAUGUUACGUGACUUGGAGGUUGAACAUGGUGGUAGUGCUCCCAGAAUUCAUUCAAUGGAUGAUUAUUUCAUGACGGAAGUUGAAAAGGUUGAGGAGAAUGAGACGUCAAAAUCUUCUGUGAGAGUCAAGAAACCUACCAUGAAGAAGGUCUUAGAAUAUUGUUAUGAACCUGAAAUGGAGGAGGCUUACAGAUUAAGCAUGCUGAAAGCGUUUAAGAAGACUCUUGAGGAGGGUGCCUUCACCUUCGUAAUCGUGGAUGACCGCAAUCUGCGGGUUGCUGAUUUUGCUCAGUUUUGGGCAACUGCAAAGAGGUCGGGCUAUGAAGUUUACGUGCUUGAAGCACCAUACAAAGAUCCAGCGGGUUGCACUGCUAGGAAUGUUCACGGCUUUACUCAGGUUGAUGUGGAAAAGAUGGCUGCACAAUGGGAAGAAGCUCCAUCAAUGUACUUACAGUUGGAUGUUAAGUCUAUAUUCCAUGGAGAUGAUCUGAAGGAGAGCAACAUAGAAGAGGUUGACAUGGACACAGAAGAUGGAGAUGUUGAUGGAGACUUGUUUAAUUUGGAUGAGACUGGAGCUGAAAUUGUGACAUCAUCAGCUGGUAGCCUUGGACCUUAUGUUAAACAAAAGGACGAGAGGAGCUGGGAUGCCGAGGUCGGAUAUCCAACAGAAGAAGUCAAAGAUUUAGGACGUAGUAAAUGGUCAGACGAUUGGGAUGAUGAUGAUGAUAAAAGAACUGAAGCUUUGAAGGGCAAGGCCAGUGUUCUGUCUGGAUUUGUUAGAACAUAUGGGAAAGAAGGUAAAUCUGUUCACUGGGGUGAUCAGGAUGGCCGUACUGGUUUCUCUAUUGGUGCUGUCAAGAAAGCAAAUUUGGCAUCUUUAGUCAUUGGCCCUGGUGCAGGUUACAACUUGAAUGCGAACCCAUUACUUGAGGAGAAUGCCGCAACCAGAAAAUCGGAAGAGACGAAGAAGCAUAACAUGUUUCAAGAGAGGCUGCGUGCGGAGCAAGAGUCAUUUAAAGCCGUGUUUGACAAGAGGCGACAACGUAUUGGUGGUCUUGCUGCAGAUGAGGAUUGAUGUUGAAAUGCUAACAAUUUUUUUGCAGUUAGUUUGGCAUUUUUCCGUGUCCUUUUGGAUAGGAUAUGCAAUUUUCUUUUUUCCUCUGUAGGGUGCUUAAUACAAGCAGGUAGAAUAUUGUAUUACCCGUAAAUAUUGUAUUGCCUGUAAACAGAUAUGUUCGAUCACUCCAUGGUUCUUCGAAUUUUAGUAAAUUAUGUGUUAUAAAGCCUUGAAUUGUAUGACAGACGCAAUUCAAUUUUUGUAAUCAUUCUGUUCCAAAAUAGUUUCAUGUUUCUUCAUUUGUUCA